CUUCCUUGUUGCUUCGAGUUUGAUAUUGUAUAAUGGACAUUUACCAUGUUUGUUCAACAGCGUGUAUAUAUAUUUUGGAAUAUAUUGCAGAUUAUAAAAUGUGUACAUGGAAACACAUGUAAGCCUACCAACAACCUAGAUAUAGUGUUCGUGGUCGAUGGCUCUGGCAGCGUAACGGCGGACGGAUUUCUAGCAACCAAACAAUUCAUGUCCAGAUUUGUCGACCUAUUCGAGAUAGGACCAUUGAAGACGCAGAUUGGUGUCAUGGUGUUUUCAGAUAAUUUCUAUAUCCCGAUUGACUUGAACACAUUCUCGAGUGCAAGUGAUUUAAAAGACGCUAUAUUUAAGAUUACAUAUCCAGGCGGUUCGACGUCUACAACAAAGGCCCUCACUGCAUUAGGCGAUGUUAUGCUAACGUCAUCGCGCGGGAAACGGAGCAAUGUUAUUCCAAUUGCAAUCUUAAUAACAGACGGGGAAUCUGAUACUUCGCCAGUUAACGCUGCAACACGUUUAAAAGAAAACGGAGUGGUGAUAUACGUUGCCAUGGUGAACAUGCACGAUCCGACAGGCGAUAUGCAACAGGUGGUUUCCAAGCCGGAGUAUUUAAUGUAUGUGCAGAACUAUAACAGCCUGGCAAACUUGGUUGGACCUCUGUCAGUUUCAACGUGUGAUGUGGCCCAGGGGUGUCUAACGACAACGUGCCAGAAUGGGGGUACUUGUCACCAAGGCCAGACGACCUACAGAUGCGAGUGUCCUUCCCUUUUCACCGGCUGGUACUGUGACAUAUGUAGGUGUGGGAAUAUGGGCUCGUGCAGUAUCGAUGGUGACAGAUGGAAAUGCUCAUGCUAUCCCGGAUACACUGAUGAAACCUGUUCUACGAACAUCGACGAAUGUGCGAGUUCUCCGUGCAUACAUGGCACGUGCUUUGACAGGUUGAACGGGUAUACGUGUCGCUGCCAACCCGGCUAUACUGGUAAUCAUUGUGAAACAGAUAUUGACGAGUGUAAUCCCAAACCAUGCGUUCACGGCACGUGCCACGACCAUGUGAAUGCCUACUCCUGCAAAUGCAAUGCAGGGUAUAUCGGGAUUCGAUGUGAAAUAGAGAUCAACGAGUGCGAGAGUUCUCCGUGCCAGAACGGCGGGACCUGCAUUGACAAAGUUAAUAUGUUUGAAUGCGUGUGUUCCGAUGAAUACUAUAAACCGCAUUGUGAAACAAAUAUCUGUCAGCCCAUUAUGACGGACGUGAUAUUCCUCCUUGACUCUUCUGUCAGCCAGUCACCUGACCAGUUUACCAGACAGCUGAAUUUCGUCACCCAGUUCAUAGAUCACGUGAUAGUGGGAGCGGAGAACUUUCAGUUCGCAGUCGUCACGUUUUCCUUCGAGGCAAAAGUCGAGAUUGAAUUGGCUGAGUUUAAUAACAACGUCAGCUUGAAGGAGGCCGUGAGAAAUAUACCAUUCCGGUACUCCCUGAAACUUUAUAUAUGCAUUUGAUUGUUUUCUCGGAUUCCAUUUUCAAAACAUUUUAACGCUAUGCUUAUUAUGUUUGAUAUGUAAACGGCAGUAUUAUUUUUAUCGGUU